GUGACUCUCAAGUCCCAAGCAUUUCUCAGCUGACCGGGAUCGACCUUGUAAACUCAGUUACAAGUCACAAGGUGAGUUUGUCAUCAACUAGUGUCGGUUAGGGGUACAUAUAGAUUAGAUAGAUACAGAAUACUAUGAAUCAGUAGACUUGCAGCCUGUUAUACAAUAAUAUAUUUCGAGCUUGUUUGGUACUCUAAUACAAAUAUUGAGUUAGUAUAAAUUACACAAGUUGGUGUACUACGUACUGCUAGUAUAUAAAGUGAAAAUGAGAUGCAUGAAUGUUACACAAAUACACAAUUACAAAGCCCUGGGUAGUAAUUAAGUAAGCAUCCUUUACUAGUUAUGGUAUCCCUGAGUAAAAACAAUUUGCAUAUUUGGGUGAUUUUCCUUACAAUAUUAGCAGCCGAAACUAUUACAUUCAGUCCUAUUCUGGUAGAAUCUUGCAAUACCAUAGAUGAAGAGGCAUUACUUGAAUUCAAGCUCGGCAUCGAGAGAGAUAGUGGUCAUCUAACAACAUGGACUCCUAACACAGAUUGUUGCACAGCCUGGAGAGGCAUCGAAUGUGAUGCUAUCUCCGGAAGGGUUAUUCGAGUCUUCCCAUACCGUCCUAUGGAAAUAUUUGAUGAACUCGGCAUCUCAAUUCUGGUAAGAGGUACACUUUCCCCUUUCCUUGGCAAUCUUACUUAUCUUCAACAACUUGACCUUUACAUUUACAAAGAGGAGGAACUAAGUAGCAGUACAGAUAAGUUUACUGGUUCAAUCCCUCCUCAACUAGGCCAAUUAUCUCAUUUAACCUACCUUUCUCUAGGUAAUAACCUUUUGAAUGGUUCAAUACCCACUUCCUUUGCAAACCUUCAUCGCUUAACAUUUCUUGACCUUGGCUAUAAUAGGCUAUCUGGUACAAUACCUUACCAUGUUUUUCGAUCAAUGAAGUCACUUGAGACAUUGUUUUUAGGCGUAAAUAAUUUUACUGGCUCAAUACCGUCUUUCAGUUUGAAUCUAAACUCACUUGAGACCCUCAUUCUUAAUCAAAAUUCCCUUACCGGUGGGAUCCCAACUUGUAUUGGCAAACUAAACCGUCUCACCAACAUUGAUUUAUCAGAUAAUCAUCUUCAAGGUAAGAUACCAGAUUCACUUGGCCAACUAUCCCGAUUAGAAACUUUAAGUCUCUACAAUAAUAAUCUGACUGGACCUAUACCUGAUUUUGUUGGUAGUUUCUCGAAAUUAAUGUCUCUACGGAUUCAUCAUAACAAACUCACUGGAUCUAUACCGUAUUCCAUAGGUAAACUAUCCCAAUUGCAAACCUUAGAACUUAACCAUAAUAGACUCACCGGAUCUAUUCCUUGUUCGAUUGGCGGCCUUAUUUCAUUAAGCUCUAUGUAUUUAAGUCAUAAUAAAUUGACGGGUGUUUUACCCGAUUCCAUAGGUAAUCUCAACCAAAUGUAUAUUAUUAACUUAGAGAACAAUAAGAUUACAGGAAAGUUGCCCUCUACUUUAGGGAAUUUGAAAAUAGUAAGGGCAAUGGUAUUCUCAAAUAACCGGUUUGUAGGCCAAAUACCUUCAAGUUUUGGUAAUUUCAAGGAGAUGAAUUAUUUGAAGUUAUCUAACAAUAAGCUAAGUGGUUCACUCCCUCCUGAACUUGGUAUGGAAAACAUAUUAGACCUUGAUUUAUCUAGAAAUGAACUCACAGGGAAAUUGCCUUGGUCAAUAGGGAAAAUGCAAUUUAUGAGAGACCUUAAUAUAUCAAAUAAUAAUUUCCACUCCGCCAUUCCAGUGGAAUUUAUGAAUCUUACUGGUCUGAAUCAAAUUGAUAUCCACUCAAACAAUUUUUCUGGCUCCUUGGCAACAAUUUUUAACAAAAAAGGAAACGGCUAUGGUAUAGUCGACGUGUCAAGCAAUAGAUUCACUGGUGCCAUUGACAAAAAUGUUGGUAUCAUUCCUGCAAUGAGGUACGUUGGUUCAUUGAUCCUGUCCAAUAAUCCACUCGGAGGGUCUAUACCAAAGUCGAUAGGCCAUAUGUCCGGAUUGCAAACUUUGAAGAUGGUGAAUAACAAACUCACUGGAGAAAUUCCCCUAGAGCUUGGGUAUGCCCAACAAUUAUCUACCAUUUUGUUAUCCAACAAUAACUUGGUUGGAAGUAUUCCGACGAAUGUGUUGAAUCUUAAGACCUUGGAAAUGUUUGAUGUCUCAACUAAUCAACUAAGUGGAAUGAUUCCACUACACAGUUUAGCUAUUCCUGCUUCCGCAUUCUCAAGAAAUUCCCGACUUUGUGGUGCUCCGCUCCCUCCUUGUAAGCCUCUGUGAUGUGCAUAUUUAGUGCAUACAAUCUCACUAGCCAACAACAUGUCUAUCACAAUUUCAGUGUAUUUGUCAUUUUUACCUAUUAAUUAUAACAUCUCUUGUUAGUUAUGUAACCAAAUAUAUCAUACCAAUGUUAAAUGCAAACGCAAACGCAAACGCAAACGCAAAAUAGACUUUCAUUUAAAUUAUUACUUUGAGCUAGUGUUUCAUCACUUUCACCAUAUAUUCUAGACCUUGUAAGCAUGCAAUAAGGCAUAUAUAGCAUGUUAUUAGACCACUACAACAUAUAAGAUCGUAAGAGCGCUUAAAACGACCCGCAAAUAUAAACAACUUCCUCUGUUUUUUAAUACUUGCAACGUUUAGAGUUUUUACACUAUUCAUAUAAUCUACUUUGACAAUUCUUAGUGUUUUUUAUAUAAGAUAAAACAUAGUCAUGUGAGAUCUUGUUAAUUCGUCUCCAUGUGUAUCUUCAAAAUAUCAACUUUUUAUAAUUUUUGCAUAAAGAGAAUUUAUGAUAUAAAUGAUCAAAGAUGUACAUUGAUAUGCGUGAAAGCAACAAACGUUGCAAGUAUUAAAAACGGAGCAAGUAUUUCGGUAUGUCACUACUAAAAAUAGAACAUAUGAUUUUAGUGGCUUAAUUGUAAGUGCAUGUACACACUUUAUAAAGGCUUCCUAAUAAAUCAGAUCUCGCAUCUCAACGCGAAUCCGAAAUGCAAACAAGUUGAUCAUAUGAGUAAUGAGACUGAAUUUUGCAAGUGAUGUCAUCAUUGUCCUUUGUAGUU